UUGUGCUACGUGGAGCCUGCAGAAAAGAAAGAAGGCGGAGGAAGAAGGGGGCUGGCGUCCGCCCUGCUCCCGCGGCCCUCCCUCGGCGCCCCCCUCCCCCGCCGCCCUGCCAGCGCGCCAAAGCCGGAGCAGUCGGGGCCGAGCGGCGGCUGACGCUCCCGGAGCCGCGACGCCCCUGUCCCCCAGCGGAGCCUGCCGGGAUCUCGGGCGGCCUGGGCCCCGGCGCCGCCGAGCCCUCCCCGGCCUCCCGGCCGCGCGCGCGGGACCCCGGCGGGGUGGGCGCAGGGGGCGGCCCCGCUCCGGGCGACGGCCGAGGGGCGGGCGGAGGGCCGGGCUCGGCGGGCCGCGGGGCGGGGGCUGCGGGGAUUGACCGCGCAGCCUGAAGCCAGCCCGGGGGCGGCGGGAGCCGGACGCGCGGCGGCGGCGGGCGCAGGUACACAGCUGCUCCUAGCAUGACCGUGAUCUGAUCAGCAACCACGAGAACCUGACUGCCGUGUGGGGUGCCUUAGUGCCGGGGCCUGGUCACCGCCCACAACUCCAGAGCUGCCAUGGCUGCCGCCUCUACGUCCACCCCUGUCAUCUCACAGCCCCAGUUCACAGCCAUGAAUGAACCACAGUGCUUCUACAAUGAGUCCAUCGCCUUCUUUUAUAACCGGAGUGGAAAGUACCUUGCCACAGAAUGGAACACAGUUAGCAAGCUCGUGAUGGGACUUGGAAUCACCGUCUGUAUCUUCAUCAUGUUGGCCAACCUGCUGGUCAUGGUGGCGAUCUAUGUCAACCGCCGCUUCCAUUUUCCUAUUUAUUACUUAAUGGCGAAUCUGGCUGCUGCGGACUUCUUUGCUGGGUUGGCCUACUUCUACCUAAUGUUCAACACAGGACCCAAUACUCGGAGACUGACUGUUAGCACGUGGCUCCUGCGUCAGGGCCUCAUUGACACCAGCCUGACAGCCUCUGUGGCCAACUUACUGGCCAUUGCAAUCGAGAGGCAUAUUACGGUUUUCCGCAUGCAGCUCCACACGCGGAUGAGCAACCGGCGGGUGGUGGUGGUGAUUGUGGUCAUCUGGACCAUGGCCAUUGUUAUGGGGGCCAUACCCAGUGUGGGCUGGAACUGCAUCUGUGAUAUUGAAAACUGUUCCAACAUGGCACCCCUCUACAGUGACUCUUACUUGGUCUUCUGGGCCAUUUUCAACUUGGUGACCUUUGUUGUCAUGGUGGUUCUCUAUGCUCAUAUCUUUGGCUAUGUUCGCCAGAGGACUAUGAGGAUGUCUCGGCAUAGUUCUGGGCCGCGGCGCAAUCGGGAUACCAUGAUGAGUCUUCUGAAGACUGUGGUCAUCGUGCUUGGUGCCUUUAUCAUCUGCUGGACUCCUGGAUUGGUGUUGUUACUUCUUGACGUGUGCUGCCCACAGUGUGACGUUCUGGCCUAUGAGAAGUUUUUCCUUCUGCUUGCCGAGUUCAACUCUGCCAUGAACCCCAUCAUCUACUCCUACCGCGACAAGGAGAUGAGCGCCACCUUCAGGCAGAUCCUCUGCUGCCAGCGCAGUGAGAACACCAGCGGCCCCACGGAAGGCUCCGACCGCUCAGCGUCCUCCGUCAACCACACCAUUCUGGCUGGAGUUCACAGCAAUGACCACUCCGUGGUUUAGAAAGGAAACUAAGAUGAGACGCGGCCAUCAUCUACUGAGGGAUGAUCAUCCUCCCCCUUCCCAAAGGCACGGGCAGGGCGGGGUGUGAGAGAGAGGAAAAACACACUCGCGUACUUAAACACUAACCCAUGGCAGUAUUUGUUCCUAGACCCACCAAGACUUGAUGUAUAUUGAAAAAUUAGCUUAUGGGACAUCCCUCAUCCUGCUCCCCGUUCCUUUUGAAAGUAGAAAGUGGAGACCUUGCAGUAGCAUUCAUAAACAGACUCUGGAGUGUCCAUUUACACUACACUAACUAGUCUUCAAAAGAUUUUGUGUGGUUUGGUGCAAGUCAGAAUCAAUUCUGACUAAUUGAAUCCACAACUUCAUUUACAUACAGGCUUCCCUUUUUUUCUUUUUAAAGGUUACAUUUCAUUUAAUAAACAUGUUUAUGCCUAUCAGCAUGCUUGUGAUGGAUAAGACUAUAGACUGUUUUUAAACGAUCAUAACUCCAUUUUUUUCCUUAUGUAGGAAAACUGUAAAUUAGAAUUACUUUUUUUAGAAAGCAUGCAUGUAAUGUAUGUAUGCAGUAUGCUGUACUUAAAAAGAUAAAAGGGUAUUAAUUUUAAAUCUUCUAGGAAAUAGAAGAACCUAGAUGUCAAAGCCAGUAUUUGUUUAGGUUAUGAAACAAACAAUGAUCUAAUCACAAUAUUACCUUUUUUUAUUAAAGUGUUGUAACAUGUAUAAAACAAACAGGGAAUGUAAGUUUAUUAUCAGAAGAAUGUGUACUCUAUAAAAGUUAUAGAGAUGAGCACAGUGGUAUUGUUCCCACAUAUUUAUAGUACCCAAGUACAUUCUAAUUAUUAGUUCAUCAGAGGAAUUUUUUAAUGUGACCUGUGUUUUUCUGUAUUAUAAUACAUAGUCAUUGUAGAAAACUUGAAAAAUACAGAAAUGUAUAAAACAGAAAAAAUACUGGUAAUAUCACAACUCAGAAGUAACCACCAUUAACAGCUUUUCCCCUGUGUAUGCCUAUAUGUAUAUUAUAUACCUUUUUAUAUAAUUGGGAUCAUACUGUAAACAGUUUUAUAACCAGUUUGUUUUUUCCACUGCAUAAUUGCCACAUUUUCCUAUGGCAUUAAAAAUUUUACAAAAACAUAAUUUUAAUGGCUAUAUAAUAUUCCAUUUAAUGGAUGCAACUCAGUUUAUUUAACCAUUCCUGUAUUGUUGACUACUUAGGUUGUGUCUAAUUUUCACUAUUAUAAAUAAUGUUGCAAAAUUUUUAUGUACAUAAAACUUUGUCCAUAUAAUUGAUUAUUUUCUUAGGACACAUUCCCAUGAAGGAUUUUUUUUUUUUAAUGUGAAAUGUCUUUUUAUGCUCUUACCUUUUAUAAAAGGGGAUUUCCUGCUUUUGCCCUAUGUAGGUGGCAAUUGUAAGGAAAGCCAGUUAAAUUACCUUUUUACAAAGGAAAUGCAGUGGUUACUUUAGUUAAGAGUGACUUUUUUUAUAUAACAAGAUGGACUAGAAACAGUCAACUGCCACAAAUAGCCAGGAUACCCUACUUAAUAUGUCUAGCAAUUCCAAAUUUCAUUUGAGCAAUGGAUGAUCCAGCUCUCGGUAGCCACAACUCUAGUGUAGAAUUGAAGACAGUGCAAAGAAAUCAAACAUGCCGAGUGAAUAAAGGAUCAUCUUCAUAUUAAAUAGCUUCUGUAGCAAAUGGGUUGAGCGUGUUGGUAUGUGACUGGAUACUGUGUAUUCUCUAAGGUCACCCCUACAGAUGCCGCCAUAUUAGGUGAUACCUGUUCAACUGUCCGGGUAAACUAAUUAUUGCACCAGUUCGUCGUAAUAAGUAACCAGUAAAGUCACAGUCACGAAGCAGGUGUGGGAAAGUCAGGAGUAUGUUUGAGAGAGAGAUGUCCAGAAGAAGAAUGGUUAUUUAGGAAGGAGGAGGUCAGUGCAUGGUCACCAUUUGAACAGAGGGCAGACUCAACAAGUGCCCAAACUGGAAAGAAUAUGGGGAACUGCUUAGCAGAAAGGUGUUUGCACAGACUUGACACAAAAUACAGAGCAUUUUAUAGUGGAAGGGAAACAAAUGAACUUGGACUUUUACUCAUGCGCAUUUAUUCUGAAGGAGAUGUGGACUAUUUGAAAUUUAAAAACAUACUAAUUGGACUUUAAUAAAUUAUUCUCAAUCAGUGUUUGCUAAUGUGUGGUUCUGGUCAGUGCUGUUUCUUUUGUUGAAGAGUCGUCCUUGCACUGCUUGGUGCCUGCCUUCUGUGACCUCUUUUCUGUUCCUGCCGCAAGGGCUUCUGAACUCACAGGUGAAGCCACCAUAGGCUUCCCCAGCUCAGAAGUGCUUUUUUGUCAACCUGAGUCAUAAGUCUUUCCAGUGUACAAGAGGUGGUGAUUUAUGUUGCAUGAAAGGAGAGGUAACAUCUUAGGACAAUACUUCACUUGUCAGCAGUAUAGCUGUUAGAGUGAGUUUCUUUUGGAAAAACUGAUUUUAUAAAACCUUUACAAUGACUUUAUGGAAAACUCUCACUAGGAGUUUAUAAAGUUACAGUGGUCUUUAUGUUUUUAGAUUUAAUGACUAACAGGAUAAAAGUGGUAGGUAUCUUCCAGUUAUACGCUAAUUAUAUUUUUGAUAUAUUGCUAAGACGGGAAAAAUAACAAUGGUUAUUCAAAUGAAUGUCUCAAUGAGUAUUUGGAAUAGAAUACUGAACCUUUAAAUUUAGGUGGUUGUAAGAUUGUUAGAAAUCAAAUGUCUCAGGAGUCUUCUUCACAAAUUAACAAUGCUUUUUUUUUUUUUUUUUUUUUAGUGAAACCGUAAUUUCCUAGACUCAAAACCUCAGCUACCGUUAUACAAUUAGUGAGUCUUAUCAGUUUUCCCAUCCUCUUUUCCCAGUUAACUAUUGCUUUAGGUUCCAUUGUUCAUCAUCUUUCUCAUUUAUUCCAAUAGUCUCUCAACUUCUGAAAUGGAAUUUUGAUACUGUUUCCAGCCCUUCUUCUUAAACCCAGAGUGUGACUUGUGCUAGAUAAAAACCGUAGAAAUGCUUCUUGAUCAGGUCCCUUCAUUAUCCAAGGUAAGCAGAACAUUUUUACAUUAAGACCUUUGGAAACAAAUUGCUUAUUUUUUAACACCGAGUUUACCUGGUCCCAAACCCUAGGAAGGCUUGGGGUCGGUUUGUGUGUUGGGAUGGACUUGGAUUCAGGCACCAUCUGACAGAAGAAAUGUGUGUGACGAGGAGCCAGAAUGGGUCAUCGGUCUUCCAAAGCAGGGACCAUUCAGUCCGUAACAUUCAUGUGUACUUUGUAUAGUCUGCAUACAAAAUUCUCUAAUUCUUACAUUGAUAAUGCUCAUAUUCACAGCUUACUUACUGCUCAUCUGUUUAGUGAUAUGGCAGGUGAAGACCCAUUUACAAAUCUAAAGCAGAGGUUGGCAAACUAAGACCCACUGGCCAAAUCUACCUGUUUUUAUAUGACCUAUGAGCUAAGGAUGGGUUUUACAUUUUAGUGAUUGGGGAAAAAAGAGUAUUUUGUGAAACAUGAAAAUUAUAUGAAAUUCAAAUUUCAGUGUCCAUAAAUUAAAGUUUUAUUGGAACACAGUCACACUCACUAGGGCUAUGUGUUGUUUAUGGCUGUUUUUGUACUGCAACGGCAGUAUCGAAUACUUGCAGCUGAGACUGUCACUCGAAGUCUAAAAUAUUUAUUCUCUGACCCUUUACAGAAAAAGUGUGCCAGCCCCUGAUGUAGAGAAUUGCAUUUUCAAUCAUUGCUAUCCUCAUUUAACUGUAUGUUCAUUGGAAGAGUUAGCAGAAAUUGGGCACACCACGAUCUCUUGAGCUCUAGACUGCGGAGAAAAUUAUCAAUUGCAUUCUUUAUAAUAAACAAUUUUUAUUUUGAAACAAUCUCAAACUCACAGAAGAGUUUGCUGAAUUUAUGGAACAUUUUCCCUGAGCCAUUUGUAGGUUGCCAGCAUGAUGCCCCAUCAUCCUUGAAUACUGUGUAAUUCCUGCAGACAAGGACAUUCUCUUUCAUAACUUCAGUACAACCAUCAAAAUCAGGAAAUUAACACUGAGACAAACUACCACUUAAUUCACAGACUGCAUUCAAGUUUAACUAGUUUUUCCAAUAAUGUUCCUUGUAGCAAAGGAAUCCAAUCGAGGGUCACUGAUUGUGUUUAGUUGUCAUACCUCUUGAAUCAUCUUCAAUCUUGAACAGUCCCUCAGUCUUUUCUUGACCUACAUGACCUUACCAUUGAAGGAUCACAGGCUAUGCAUUUUAUAGAAUGUCCCUCACUCUGGGUUCAUCUGAUAUUUCUUCAUAAUUAGAUUUGUAUUAUUUAUCUUUGACAAAAUAACAUAGAAAUGCUGCUGUGGUGCUUCUCACUGCAUCCUGUCAAGGAGCACAUGAUGUUGAUUUGUUCCAUUACUGGUGAUGUUAACUUUGAUUACUUAUGAAGUCUGCCAGAUUUCUCCACUGUGAAAAAAACUAUUUUUUCCCUUUUUGUAGGAAAUAUUCUGUUCCUCAUCAGAUUUUAACAUCUAGUUUUAGCAUCCAUUGAUAUUUCUUGGAUGAAUGAAUCAUUACUCUGAUGAUUGCCAAAUGAUGAAUUUCUAAUUCGUUUCUCUUUAAAAUUUAUGUUAGCUGUCUACUGUGAAAAAAAGCUUUGUCCUCUCCUGUUUGUUUAUUCAUUUAUUUAUACAAGUAUGGGCUCAUGGAUUCUGAGUUUAUUCAAUUGGUUAUAAUGUUGCUAUUAUUUUAAAAUUAAACUUUUGAGAUAAUUUUAGAUUCA